GUAGUCUCUCUGAAUUCAAACAGGAUCGAUCGAAAAUCGAAUAAACUCUUAAAUAAAUGUAUCUAUUGUGAAUAUUUAUACUGCAUGAUAAUUAAUGAAUGAGAGUUAUAAGAUAUACACUCUUGAAACAUUUUAAUCAUUCAGAACUUAAACUAUGGUUAAGUUUAGGGAAAAUUAAUUGUAAAUGAAAAGUUUUUUUUAUUAACAUUCAAGCACCUUUGGUAGUGCUUCUUAAAUUUUAAAUUAAUUUUAAUAUCUUUGGUAUUAAACGACUGUAAAUAUGUUGAUAAGAAACCUGAAAAGAUUUCAACCAUGGAUCCCGAAAAACUCGAGAAAUUUCAGUCUCGCUGCAAUUUCUUUAAAGGAAAAUAAUAAACUGUAUAAUGAGUGUAAUCAAGUCGUCCGGCCACCGCGAAUAUUAAUUACAGGUGGACUCGGUCAAUUGGGCACAGAAUGUGCGAAGCUUCUAAGGAAAAAUUACGGCAGCGAGAAUGUCAUUUUAUCGGACAUCAUCAAACCGACAGAUGAGGGUCUUGCAAAUGGACCUUUUAUUUUUGCCGAUAUUUUGGAUUUUAAAGGACUUCAAAAAAUUGUCGUAAAUCAUAGAAUCGAUUGGCUCAUUCACUUCAGUGCACUUCUGAGUGCUGUUGGUGAACAAAAUGUUCCUCUUGCUGUUAGAGUAAAUAUAGAAGGAAUGCACAACGUAGUCGAAUUGGCUAAACAGUAUAAUCUGAGGAUUUUUGUGCCUUCCACUAUCGGUGCUUUUGGUCCGGAAUCGCCCAGAAAUCCAACUCCAAAUGUUACAAUUCAACGACCAAGGACCAUUUAUGGAGUCAGCAAAGUACAUGCAGAACUUCUGGGAGAAUAUUAUCAUCAUAGAUUUGGUUUGGACUUUCGUUGCCUGAGAUUUCCGGGAGUUAUUAGCAGUGAUCCACCAGGAGGUGGUACCACAGAUUACGCAGUCGCAGUCUUUCAUGAAGGUCUGCUAAAUAAAAAAUACGAGUGUUAUCUGGAGCCAGAUACCCGAUUGCCGAUGAUGUAUAUUGAAGACUGUCUCUCCGCCCUUUUCCAAUUUUUGAAUGCACCGAACGACAGAUUAAGAAGAAGAGUUUACAAUGUCACUGCAAUGAGUUUCACCCCAGAGGAACUUUUUGCUGAAUUAACAAAGUACAUUCCCGACUUGAAAAUUUCCUACAAGCCUGACAGUCGACAACACAUCGCUGAAACCUGGCCUCAAGUGUUCGACGACAGCGAAGCACGAAAAGACUGGGGUUGGCAACACAAAUACGAUAUCGAAAGACUUGUGAACUCUAUGGUUCGCGACGUUAGUGAAAAUUUUCUACCGAAAUUCCACCGACUGAAGGAAGUAAACAGCUACGUUUAGCUUAAAAAAUAAAUAAUAUUCUGCAGCUUACCUUCCAUUUUUCAAUAAAAUUGUAUAAAAUAUGACAAA